AUGCAGAUCUUCGUCAAGACCCUCACCGGCAAGACGAUCACCCUCGAGGUGGAGUCUUCCGACACCAUCGACAACGUCAAGAGCAAGAUUCAGGACAAGGAAGGCAUUCCUCCCGACCAGCAGCGCCUGAUCUUUGCCGGCAAGCAGCUUGAGGAUGGUCGUACCCUUUCGGACUACAAUAUCCAGAAGGAGUCCACCCUCCACCUCGUCCUCCGCCUACGUGGUGGUAUGCAGAUCUUCGUCAAGACUUUGACCGGCAAGACCAUCACUCUCGAAGUCGAGUCAUCCGAUACCAUCGACAACGUCAAGAGCAAGAUCCAAGACAAGGAGGGUAUCCCUCCUGAUCAGCAGCGCUUGAUCUUCGCUGGCAAGCAGCUCGAAGAUGGCCGCACCUUGUCCGACUACAACAUCCAGAAGGAGUCCACACUACACCUUGUCCUACGCCUGCGUGGUGGUAUGCAAAUCUUCGUCAAGACCCUGACAGGCAAGACCAUUACCCUUGAGGUUGAGUCGUCGGAUACCAUUGACAAUGUCAAGUCCAAGAUUCAGGACAAGGAGGGCAUCCCACCUGACCAGCAGCGUCUCAUCUUCGCUGGUAAGCAGCUGGAAGACGGCCGUACGCUAUCAGACUACAACAUCCAGAAGGAAUCUACUCUCCACUUGGUACUCCGUCUCCGUGGUGGUAUGCAAAUCUUCGUCAAGACCCUGACAGGCAAGACCAUUACCCUUGAGGUUGAGUCGUCGGAUACCAUUGACAAUGUCAAGUCCAAGAUUCAGGACAAGGAGGGCAUCCCACCUGACCAGCAGCGUCUCAUCUUUGCUGGUAAGCAGCUGGAGGAUGGUCGCACACUCUCGGACUACAAUAUCCAGAAGGAGUCGACGCUGCACUUGGUGCUUCGUCUGCGUGGCGGCCAGUAG